UUGAUUAAAGGGACAAGAGGCGGACCCGGAAUGCGCGAGCCAGUCGGCCCUUCGCUCAGAUAGCUGUCCUCACGUUCGUUACAUUGAAGGGCGUUUUUGUUUUGUCAAGAGAUAGAGCUCGUUUUAAAAUAGUUUUGUUUAAAGUUUAAAAUACAGCGGUCCAUUGUUGGUGGAACCAGAUAUAUGUCGUGUCGUUGUAGAGAUCGGUAUUAGUUACGGAGACGGAGUUAACACGGAUGUGGAAUCUAUAACGUGUCACAAAACGAUGAAGAUGCUUUUGGUGAUAAUAUUGGCUUGUGUCACAUGUAACACAGGAGCGUGGAAAUCAACCCCGGGAGACGGAACGUUAUUCCCGGGGGUCGAGGACAUACCUCCUCACGCCCUCUUCCAUGAGGAAUACCUGGACACCCCAUCUAACAUCUCCGAGGGAAUAGAGGUCGAUAUUGGAUCAGUAUUUCCGGGAGAUGUCACGUGGGGCGAAUCAUCCAGCGACAAAUUCGGGGUAUACGUCUUGGCUUAUCAGGACAGUCAUCAUUUCUCCUCGGAUAAGGAACCGAAAGUACAAAUUGAAGCUUCAUUUACUUCCGGAAGGUUAGAAAUUAGGAUUUAUCCCAUGGAAGUUCCUUUCCCGGCGUCUUUGGAUGUGCCUCUAAAUGGGGCUGGAUUUGUGUCGGCCAACGUAUUGUGCUUGACGUUGGCCGUAUUGGGAAGCAUACUUGACCAUCGAGUCAGUUUAUUGUUUGGUAUCGUGGUGUCGUGUGCUCUGGUUUCCUGUGUGGAUCCGUACCUUUGGUCAGGUGAUAUCAGGUGCCACGUGACCAUACUGUACCCAAGAAACAUCACAUUUUCCAAUAUCAGCAUAGUUGUUCCAGAGGGAAAGAUUUCUAUUCCACCGAAGGAAAACAGAGUCACUACAGGAGAUAUAUGGUGCUCAACGAACUACACCACAACAGGGUGUCCAUUUUGUUGCCAUGGUAACGGAUUCUGCGGUCCUGGCAAUGUUUGUAUUUGUCGAGAAAACUAUGACAACGAAACUAACUGCGAGAGUGAAUUGAAGCCAAAAUUCAAGUUAUACACCGGAAGUAUGGACCCAAGACUGGCAAGAUUCGAUUCUCUCGACCUUUAUAAGCAUUUAAUCGUCGGCAAACGUCGGGAUGACGGAGUUGCCAGAAUUGUGACCGAAAUUAGAUCACGUGAUGCGAAUGGGAAUGAGAUCGUGAUCGGUGUCAAAAAAGGGAAACACAUUAAGGACAUUGUGGUUACCGGAAGUGAGGAGAGACGUAUCAAGUGGAUUAAUUCAUGUCAUAUUCUUGUGACGUCAGCCAAAACCAGCAAACCAAGCGAAAAAGACUCCGCUAUCAUAAACACGUGUGAUACGCGUAGCGAAGUUAGAAAGAAUGAUACAAAGAAAAGAAGGAAAAGAAAGAAAAAAGAUAUUAGUUUUUUGUCGAUCAAAAAAAAGUCUUUUGAAACAAUCAUCGAAAAGUCAUCUCAAAAUAUCGUAGAUACUACGAGCGAAAAUGAUUUCUUGUCUGCCAGUUUUAAAGUGUUAGGCAAUGACGAAAAUCAUUCGAAGUGGAAGAAAACGUUUACAAAAGUACCAAUCAAUGUCAAACGUUGUGGCGAGGGUGAUUUAUCCUCCACGGUAUAUGCAAGCGUAUUAGUGAAAAAUAGUGACAGUGAUAUGAUGCCGGUGUUAGAAUAUAAAGCAAUAGCGGAUUAUUAUCCGGGCAGUUUUUAUGUAAAAUUGCCUGCAAAACAAAAAACAGACAAAAUUUUAUCAAAUGGAAACACACAUCCUCUGCGCAUGUGCAAUCACUUCCGAAAAUCAUCGAUCAAAGUGUGUCACAAAAACCAAAGGGUGUUGGCUUCAAAUAUAUCGGAAAGCUGCGCCUCACUGCUUUGGUCGGACGGACAGACAGAAUGUUAGUGAGGACAGCAGACAUAGUGCCAUAGACACGUGUGAGCGAGGAUACUACGCUCUCCAAUCUUACUGUGAUAGUGUAUCAUCGAUUGCUGACUCUAAUUUGUGUCUAGAGUCGUUUACCGAGCAGGAAACAUUUCACGUAAGCAAGGACACAUACGUGAUAUUUAGAGUGAUGUUUCCGGACGGUCACACAGUCCGGUCUCCCGUGUAUCGAUUUAACAGUAGUGCUGCUCACGUAACUGAGCCUAUCGUGUUAGAAGGAAUCAACGUUAUUCCAAAAAUAUUAAAUUUUAGCAUAAAUCCGCCUGACCCGCAUCCAAACCAGGGGUACGAGGCGAUCAUCCGAUACAGGUGCGUGUCGGACACAACAAAACUGCACAUGCGCGUAGAAGGGGAUGAUAGUUAUACCAGUGACGUCACCUGUUACGGAAACCAGCAAUGUGAUUGUUGCACCCUCCAUGUUGCCGGUGCGACUGCGCAUGUUACGGAUACAGUAAAAAUAGAGUUAUCCGACUCAUAUUCCGGUGUGAAUAUCACGCAACAAUAUCGUGUGAUGUUUUAGUUGCGACUGAAAUGUUUUUGUUAUUUGUUUUGUCGAAUAAAAGUGUGUUACAUUAAU